AUGUCUUCUACCAAAGGGAAGCACAAGCAGCAAUUGCAGGUGGAGAUAGAGCAGGUUCUCUCAAAGGUUGACGAGCUUCGGACAUCGUUCCAACAACACUGGGAUAAGCUUGAGAACGGAACUCCGGCCAACAGAGAAAAGACCGAAAAUCUUCUUCGUGCAGAUUUGGACAAAUUGAAACGUCUGCGCAAACAAAUACAGACGCUAAUGGACCUCCCUGAGGUUGCAACAACACGUAACAAGCUGAAAAGAUGCACAGAUGCUAUCGAAGCGGAUAUGCGUAGGCAUUACAUUCUCGAACGCGAAUCAAAGACUAAGCAGUUUUCCAACGUAGCGUUAAAUGAUGAAAACGAAAAGCGGGCAGGACCACGGGCCUCUACUCAAGCAUGGCUGGACCUUUGCCUUACAGAGCUGAACAAUCGGCUAGAGGACUUACGCUCGCAGCUAGAUGGAGUACAGCUCCAGGGUUCGACAAAGAAAAAUAUGAAAAUAACUAAGGUUAACGCCGCUGAUAAGCUUAUCGUAAAACUAGAGGAACACAAAGAGCAGUUAGAGGACAUUAUAGCUGCAUACGAAGAAGGAUAUGUAACACAUGCUGAUAUUGAGCUAUACUUAAAGAAGUCACUCGAUGAGGUCAUACGAGCCUGCAAGGGGGGUGCGGACAUUGACAUCACAACCGUUAUUUACGAUGAUAUUAUGGAUCUCAUCCGUACAAAUAGGAUGUGCGGUUCGAUAGAAUCAUUUGAAGAGCCUGCUGCGGAAUACACAAAUUGGACCCCCUCUUCGGCAAAAUCCCCAAGGUCUGGAAAUAAGAUUGUCAAAGAGGUCCAAAGCGGCAAUGACAAAGGGACAAGGAGCAUAUCACCGAACCCUGAUCAGGACGACCUUGACGAAAUCACGUUUUCCGACGCUUCUAGAGUGGCUGCUGAGGGCGAUGCCGAGGCCUAUGUCCCCAUGAGAGACCUUUCAUCAAACGACAGAACAGAGGGUCAAACCACGAAUACAAGACAAACAAUGGCACCUAGACAGGCGAAUAAAACUACUAAGCAAGGUAAGUCGUCCUUUGACAUAAUUAAUUCAGAGCAUGUCGAUGGAUCCAAAGUCUCACAAACACAGACACAGCAGCAGGGGCUACCCCCUAUAAAGGGUGUAGAGCAGACAAAUAGCACUAGGGUUGUCCGGCCUGUGUUCCAGAUGGCCUCCCAGUUAUCCUAUCUACGUCCGUCUCCGCUCAAGGAAAACACACUAAUCUACGUCCCAGCUGUAACGCCAGCAGCCAUGGCUCUAUACUCUCUAAAGCUCCCAAAGUCCCUGAUGCUCUGCACAAAGCCUCAUGCUUUUAAGGAUGUAGUUCCAGACCUGCCCCGCUCCAUAUCAUUGCUGUCGACGCAGACUAGUAAUGAGCACCAAGCUUUGAAUGACGUUGCUGCGCACAACAUAAUGCUUGAAUUUAAAUACUCAGAGCGUCCCAUCAGCAAAAUAUGGAUCACCAUGGGCACCUUUAACUCAGAGCGAGGAAAGACCAAGCCCUACUAUACAUAUAAUCCUGGAACUAGUAUGAUGAGUAAGCAGCAACUGACAAGAUUGACGAAUGUGAGGAAGGCUAUGACAGAGCUUCGAACAAAGGGUCGCGCUAAAAGGCAGGACCAUCAAACGCCUUCUCUAUCAGAUAACAAUGACACUGGAAGCACAUCCUCAUUUGAUCUAGAUGCUGGUGGUUCAGAUCCUGCACAUUUCACUGCAGAGGAUGGAUUCCAUGUUGCUUCCGGCACUGGGGAAGGACCAGCAGUUCAAGACUCUGCGGCAAAGAGCGUUUCCGGGGGAGAAUCAGUAUACCCGCAGGUGUAUUCCGUCAGGAGAUUCGUAAAUGCCCCCUGUGCUCUCUCCUCUGAUCAUGACUUAGCAGAAACUAAAUGGUUUGCUAAUCGACCUUCACAGGCAUUGAUAUGGCUAGUUACCAAUAUAGAUAACAAUAGAAUACGGCAAUUGGCUGCUGCAGGCCUUCAGCAGCAAGGCUACAGAUAUGACAAUGGUCAGUGGACUCGAGAAACCGUUCAGUGA